CUUCAAAACUUAAUUUAAAAAGUUGAGCGGAGUAACCAAACAAAGUUUAAAAGUGCAAUUAAAUUACCAAUUCUAUUACUAGGGUAAUUAUGCGCGGAUAUUCACUAGUUCAAACAAUAGUGCACAUCAAUCGACAAGGUAUAGGUUCACUGUAUUUAGCUGAAUCACUUAAUUUCAUACGUACUUUCAAGACUACAUUGAAAAAACAUCACUAUACAUCAAAAAAGAUGAUGUCUAGAAAUAUAGUUCCUAUCAAAACACAAAGUGUUAAUGCAAAGGAAAGUCCAGAAAUUAGUGUAGCCCAAGGCCGUUUGAGAGGAUCUGUAGAGCAGUUAUACAAUGGAACUCCAUACUACAGUUUUAAAGGCAUUCCUUACGCUGAGCCUCCAGUCGGGAAACUUAGAUUCAAGUCACCGCAGCCUCCAAAACCAUGGACAGGAGUGCUGGAAGCUGUAGAACACGGCAAGGUUUGUCCUCAAGUGGAGAUGUUCAGUGGACGGUUCCUGGAAGGAAGUGAAGACUGCCUCUUCCUCAACAUCUACACCAGCUCACUACAAACAAAGAAACCCGUGAUGGUAUUCAUACAUGGAGGAGCAUUCGUAUCAGGAUCCGGUGACAGUGAAUUAUUUGGACCCCACUAUUUGCUAGAAAAGGAUGUUGUAUUAGUCACAAUCAACUACAGGUUGGAAGUACUCGGUUUCUUGUGCUUGGAUACAGAAGAGGUGCCCGGUAAUGCUGGAAUGAGAGAUCAAGUGGCCGCCUUGAAGUGGGUGCAAGAGAAUAUAUCCCAGUUUGGUGGUGACCCCAACAAUGUGACAUUGUUUGGAGAGAGUGCUGGGAGUGUUUCGGUUAACCAUCAUGUACUGUCACCGCUUUCCCGUGGCUUGUUUCAUAAAGCAAUUAUGCAGAGUGGUGUAGCGUUAAAUGACUGGGCUAUUGGACAAGACGGCAAGGAAAGAGCUAUUAGAGCAGCUAAAGUCCUAGGAAAGGACAUAACAGAUCCAAAUGAACUGCUUAGCUUCUUUCAGACUGUACCAGCAAAAGACUUAGUGCUUAUGACAUUCAAAACAGUCACUAUGGAUGAAAAGCACCGCUGCCUGCCCAUACAUUUCUGUCCUGUUGUAGAAAAGACAUUUGAUAAUGUAAAACCAUUCUUGAAUGAUACACCAUUAAACAUAGUUUUACAAAACAAAGUUGCAAAUGUUCCUAUGAUGAUCGGCUACAAUACUUCUGAGGGUAUAAUGUUUAUCAGACUGUUUUUGAAGAAACUAGAUUUCAUACUUAAGAACUUUCAAUAUAAAGUUCCACGAGAAUUAGCCCAAAAAGUUUCUGAAUCCGUCCAAAAGGAGUUUGGUGAACGAAUAAGGGAGUUCUACUUUGGCGACAAAGAUAUCAGUAAAGAUACACAGGCUAUUAUAUCGCUGGAGUCUGAUUUCCACUUCGUGUAUGGAGUGCACCGUUUAGCCCAUUUUGUGUCUCAACAUAACAACUCUACAUACUUGUACACAUUUAAUACGCAAAGCGAUUUGAACAUUAUGAAGAAUGUGAUUAUGGGCGUGCCAGAAGUGGCAGGAGCGAGUCAUGUGGAUGAGCUGUUCUACUUGUUCAGUACAAAUAUGACCGCUGAUACUUACAGGGGUCAAGAAGAUGCGAGGCAGAAAGUGGAUGUUAUGACUAAGUUGUGGACGGAUUUCGCUAAAACUGGUAACCCAACUCCAGACGACAGUUUGGGUGUGAAAUGGCGGCCCUACUCGCAAAGCGGCGGCGAAUAUUUGAGCAUUGACGACAAGUUGACUGCGGGUAAGUUUGCCAACAGGGAAAGAGUCGAAUUCUGGAACAAACUGUAUGGAGAGGCUGGCUUGCCUUGUAUCACGAAGAGUCAUUUGUAACGAUGAUGAUGAUGAUAUCCUCUUCGUCGUAUCCGACAACAGCGACUCUUGCUUGUUUUUUAUCACAAUUAGUUACCUACUGAUGUGAUGUGUGGGAUACCGACAUAAUUAUUUGUACCUACCUGAAGUCUUAGUCAAACUUUGUGCUCAAAUAUAUUGUGCAAUAUUCAUUAGUAAAUUUAUAAUAUACUUAUAGUAUAUACCGUAGAAGAACAUUGUUAUAUUAUGAUUUAUUUUGUAUACAAUACAUAUUAAGAUUUAAUAACGUAUGUCUAAAGUAAAGUAGACUCUAGAAUUAUAGUCCCAAGGUACAGUCAUCAGCAGGGUAAAAUAAAAAUGGAAGAAUACCUCUUUAUAAAAUAAUAUUUUCCCACAUGACUUGCUAUUGACUGUAAGUGCCUAGUUGUUCUUUCACAUCAUAUAACGGGUAGAGUGGCAGCCAUCAUACUUAAAAAAUAUACAUAUAACUUUUGUCUUGUAACUUUUGACUACUUACAUCAAAUAAUAAUAAUAGAAUCACGAUGUAAGGAUGCAGAUGCUACACUACCCCUUUGUGGAAGCUAGUUUGUAGUGUGUAGUUUUUAUCGGUGGAGGAAUCUAUUGUACCCAUUUUUUAUAAUAAAUAUAUUAGAAUAGAACAAGAUAAAUAUACUUACUAAAAUAGUAUAAGAUAAUAAUUAUAUUACAAUAUUGUAUGUGUGUUGUCUUGUAGUAGUGGAUAGUAUUUGUUUUGCUGCGCAACUUAGGUAUUUAUAAAUACACAAUUCAUUAAAAAUACCUACUGAU